AUGUUCACGCGUCGAAUCGUGUUUAAAAUAUUCAAAUCCAACGUGAAAUCUGUGCUGCUCUAUGAAUGUGAAACGUGGAAGAUCACUGAAGACAUCUCGCACCGACUUUAUGUCUUCUUCAACCGCUGUCAUCGCCGUAUUCUGGGUAUCUACUGGCCCGACAACUUUGGAAGCGCUGCCGAGAAACCCCGGAUAGCCAGCAGAUCAUGCGUCGUAAGGAUAGGCCAUUCACCCCGAAGAUAG